AUGAUCAUAAGCCGACGGAGCUACGCGCUCCCGACAUUCAUUCUCAUCGCUCUGAUUUAUGUACUUUUCUCAAGUCUGCCGCAGCGCGAGCAGUCCAUCCAUUCUCACAACCCCCCUCAAUACCCGCCAAAAUCGCUGAAAGAAGAUGGCCGCAUCCACUGGACGAAACAACCCGAGAAAUGGCCGGUUUCAGAGUACACGCCUCUCCCGACGGGAGCUCCGUCGCCCAUCCCGCAGAUCCAGUAUGACUUCCCCAAAGAGUCGUGGUUUGGCCGCUGGAAGCGAGUGAAGCGGCAGGAUGCCGUGAAGGAAGCAUUCAAACACGCGUGGAAAGGAUACCGGGAGCGCGCAUGGCUGCGAGACGAGGUGUCGCCGCUCAGCGGUGAUUCCAGAGAGUCGUUCGCCGGAUGGGGCGCUACCUUGGUGGAUUCUCUCGAUUCGCUGGUCAUACUGGGCUUGGAGCGCGAAUUCGAGGAAGCGCUGGAGGCUGUGAGCCAUAUCGACUUCACCACUACCCAUGCCGUUCAGAUUAACGUGUUCGAGACGAAUAUUCGCUACCUGGGAGGGUUCUUGGGUGCCUAUGACUUGACGAAUGGCAGUCACCCGAUUCUGCUGAACAAGGCGAUCGAGGUUGCGGACAUGCUGUACGGCUCGUUUGAUACUCGCUAUAGAAUUCCGCAAUCGCGGUGGGAAUGGACCAGAUCCGCCGAGGGCAUGGGCAUCCAUCCCAGUCGUAAUACCAUCACCGCGGAAAUAGGCUCGCUGAACUUGGAGUUCACGCGGUUGUCGCAAUUGACAGGCGAUUCAAAGUACUACGACGCCGCCCAGAGACUGACAGAUCUUCUCGAGGAGACCCAGUCAUCUACCAAACUGCCCGGUUUGUGGCCCAUUACGUUCAAUGGCGAGGACAUGAUAUUUUCCGACAACCGAUUCAGCGUCGGCGCCAUGGCGGAUUCCACCUACGAAUAUCUUCCUAAAGAGCACAUGCUGCUGGGUGCCCAGACCAACCAGUAUCGCAAGAUGUACAACACGGCCAUGAACAAGAUCAAAGAUCGAUUGCUCUUCCGCGGGAUGACUGAGGAUGGCAGGGACAUCCUCUUCCCCGGGAACAUCUUCACGACGUUCUCGCACGGCCGCGAGAAAAUCGAGCCCCAGGUCGAGCACCUCAAAUGCUACCUUGGAGGCACAGUGGGCAUCGGAGCCAAAGUGUUCGAUCGCCCGGAGGAUUUGGACACUGCGCGCAAGCUGACCGACGGAUGUAUCUGGGGCUACGACGUUAUGCCCACGGGGAUCAUGCCGGAAAUCAUGUACGUCAGUCCUUGCAAGGACAUGAACAACUGCCAGUGGGAUCGCAAGCAAUGGUACCGGGAUCUGCGCUUUCGACUGGCCAAGGGCUCGGAAGCGGAAGACACCGUCGCCGAGGCCAAGUCUUUGAUUCAAAGCCAUGGUCUGCAGCCGGGCAUCUAUGCAAUCCCGGAUGCGGGCUAUCAGCUGCGACCCGAGGCCAUCGAAUCCGUCUUCAUCAUGUACCGGAUCACCGGCGACAAGAGCUUCCAGGACGCCGCGUGGCGCAUGUUCCGGAGCAUCGACAAGAUGACGCGCGCCACGUACGGACAUGCGGCGAUCGACGACGUGCGCGAUCCGCAGGCGAAGCAGAUGGAUUACAUGGAGAGUUUCUGGCUGGCCGAGACGCUGAAGUAUUUCUAUCUGAUCUUCUCGGAGCCGAGCGUGGUCAGCCUGGACGAAUACGUACUGAACACCGAGGCUCAUCCAUUCAAGCGCCCGACUCCGUGA